CUCCCGGCUCUCUCCUCUCUGCCACUCCGUCGUGCCCACCAACACCCGCCGCCAUGUCGCCCACGCGCCUCAUCCGCUUCAUCGCCGUCGAAGACUCGCGCACCUACGUCGGCGCACCCAUCCUGCCGCCCGAUCUCGACGUGGCGCAGUACGUCGCCGCCUCGGAUCGCUCGCCCCUCACCGCGCGCGUGCUGCCCAGCGACAACAUCCUCGACGCCUCGCUCGCACCCACCGACCAGCUGCGCACCGUCGCCAGGCUGCUGCCCAUCCUGCCGCCCGCGCGCAUUCCCUCCAUCCGCGCCCUCGGCGCCAACUACGUGCAGCCGGGCCAGGAGGCGCGCGAGGCAAGGGCCAAGCGUCCCGCGCUGCCCAUUCUCUUCUUCAAGCCGCCGCAGUCGUGCGUCGUCGGCCACGGCGAUGCCAUCGUCGUGCCAAAGGAGAUGGAACAUGAGACGGACUACGAGGUGGAGCUCGUCGUCGUGAUCGGCAGGGACUGCAAGGACGUGCAGGUGCACGAGGCGCUCAGCUAUGUGCGCGGAUACGCCCUCGGCAACGACGUGAGCGCGAGGAAGAGAAUGUUUGCCGUGCCGCAGUGGGGCCUGGGCAAAGGAGCGGACACGUACUUCCCUCUCUCCUCUACUCUUCUCCUCGCCUCCUCCUCGGUCGAUCCCGAGAGCAUUGCGCUGCAGACGCGCCUCAACGGCCAGCUGAUGCAGGACGGCAAUACACGCGACCACCUGUGGGGCGUGGCCGAGACGAUUGCAAAGCUGAGCGAGGGCACGACGCUGCAUGCUGGCACGCUGAUUAGUAUGGGAACACCGCCUGGCGAGGGCUUCAAGAGAGAUCCUCAGGUGUUUCUGAAACACGGCGAUGUCGUAACCAUCUCCGGCUCGCACGGUCUUGGAUCCCUCACGAACCCAGUGGUGCAAGUGACGAAACUGCAGGUGCCAGGCAAGGCCAAGCUCUGAGGAUCGUGAUCAGUACGAGGCACGCGGAAAGAGAGGACUUGGCUCCGCCUUGUGCGCAACCUGGGCAUGCCCCGUCCCGCUUCACCUAUGCGCCUGUGUGUCGCUCGGCUCCUCCCCUCCUCCCUGCCUCCUUCCUCGCUCCGCGCGUCCUCUCUCGCCUACUCUCACGCCUAACUCUUGCGUCCCGCCCCCCCC